AUGUCGACGGCAAAGCCAAUAGGCCCUAUAAGAAAGGCCUGGUAUCAGUGGAAAGCCAUACGGUUCCCAUGGAGGAAACGUUAUCUUGUCGGCCUCGACCUCCAAGGUAACACAUACUGGGAAUUCCGGCUACACCGCGGGGACCCCUCACUACCAGACUCGCGCUUCCGGCGCAUAGUGCAGUACCCGCGGUCAACGCACUACAGUGAGAUCAAGGUAUCACCGCAAUGGCACCAAUGGCUGCGGUACCAACGACGGGAGCCUCCAACACUAGACGAGCAGGCACAUGACCUCGUCCGCCGCGAGCAGAUGAAAGUUUUAGCCGCCGCAGCCGACGCCCGCUGGGAGGCCAAGCCGAGUUACCUCGACGCCCCGGGUAAGGAAAAGGGGCAACCAGUGCCGCCGUUCGACACUAGCCGGAACCAGCCGCAAGAACAGGCUGCUCGAAAGUCAACGGCGACAAACGGGCAGGAUGAUGAGGUGGCGCAGAAGGACGACCCCUGGAAACGAGCAGCGCGGAGUACCGGUCCCGGAGAGACUUGGCAACCGGAGGCGUGGACUCCGACGUCGACGAGGAAACGGUGA